UACUCCUAUCUCAAAACCACCGAUUCCUAUCCCAACCGGAGAGCGGUGUUCACCAAAACCGCGUGAACCUAUCCCUCCCUUUUUAUUGAUCCCUUGAUAAAAUUACUCGCUGACCGCCCUCCUCUCUCCGAUAACGCCGCCCCUCUCACUUCUCUCUCCUCUUUCACUUUCUCUCUCCUCCCCCAAAAGACCAGAUCCCAGAAUACCACUAGCCACCCCGGUUUUAGGGUUUCGCCGCCGCUGACACCCCAAGUGCGCCUUCCCUCAAUUUCUAGGGUUUCGGCUAAUCCCUCUCGUGAUUUCGUUUCCCGAUCUGGUCUUUUCGAUUUUGGGGAUUUUGUUUUCUUUUUCGAGUGAAAUUUCGCUUCUUUGUUGGUCAUUGGGUCUCAAGCCGCGAUCUUUUUUUUCUAUUAGGGUUUCGGUUGCCGAUCUUGGUUGGAUCUGGUCUUUCGACCGUCGUUUACCUCGAAUUGCUUGAUGCUUUUGAACUAGGGAUAAUUCUCGUAGGAUCUUGGGGAAUUUCGUUAGGGUUCAAUUGAUCGUUGAAUUUGGGAACUGGGCUGUUUUUUCAUGUUGCGUUUCUUUUUUCCUUUGGGAAUGCUCAAUCAACAUUCCAAAUAGGGCUGUUUCCUCAUCGGGUAUCGGGGAUUUUUGCUAGGGUCCGGUUGAUCAUUGAAUUAGGGAUUUGGGUAGGUUUACUUUUAUCUGGGGUUUCUUUUUCAGCUUUGGGAUGGGUAGUUCUGAGGGUGGGAACGUUACGAAUCAAGCGCCGAGGCACUACGGCGUGACGAAGCCGAUCUCUACUGCUGGGCCAUCAGAUGUUGAUCUGCAAAGAAGCGUGGAAUUGGAGAAAUUCUUGGUGGAUGUGGGACUCUACGAGAGCAAGGAGGAAGCUGUUAAGAGAGAAGAAGUAUUGGGACAGAUUGAUCAGAUUGUUAAAGAGUGGGUGAAGCAACUGACUCGACAGAGAGGGUAUACUGAUCAGAUGGUUGAGGAGGCCAAUGCUGUUAUUUUUACAUUUGGUUCUUAUCGCUUAGGAGUUCAUGGACCAGGGGCAGACAUUGAUACUCUUUGUGUUGGACCUUCAUAUGUCAACCGAGAGGAGGACUUCUUCAUUGUUUUGCAUGAUAUUUUGGCAGAGAUGGAGGAAGUAACUGAACUACAACCGGUUCCAGAUGCUCAUGUUCCUGUGAUGAAAUUCAAAUUCAGUGGAAUAUCCAUUGAUCUUCUCUAUGCUAGUGUAUCUCUUCUAGUAGUUCCAGAAGAUUUGGACAUUUCUCAAGGAUCAGUGCUUUUCAAUGUUGAUGAACCCACUGUUCGAAGUCUUAAUGGAUGCAGGGUGGCAGACCAAAUUCUUCGCCUGGUCCCUAAUGUUGAGAACUUCCGCACUACACUGAGAUGCUUGAAGCUUUGGGCUAAAAGACGUGGUGUCUAUUCCAAUGUAACUGGGUUCCUUGGAGGAGUUAAUUGGGCACUGUUAGUUGCCCGGGUUUGCCAGCUGUAUCCAAAUGCCGUACCUAGUAUGCUAGUUUCUCGGUUCUUUAGAGUUUUUACUCAGUGGCGCUGGCCAAACCCUGUCAUGCUUUGUGCUAUUGAGGAGGAUGAACUUGGAUUUCCUGUGUGGGAUCCAAGGAAGAACCCUCGAGAUCGUACUCAUCAUAUGCCUAUCAUUACACCUGCGUACCCAUGUAUGAAUUCUAGUUAUAAUGUUUCCACUAGCACGCUCCGGGUUAUGAUUGAGCAGUUUCAGAAUGGAAACAAGAUCUGUGAGGAGAUUGAAUUGAAUAGGACCAACUGGAGUGCUCUUUUUGAACCGUACCAUUUCUUUGAGUCAUACAAGAACUACCUUCAAGUUGACAUAAUUGCUGCUGACUCUGAUGAUUUGCGUGUCUGGAAAGGCUGGGUGGAAUCUCGAUUGAGGCAGCUGACCCUUAAGAUUGAGCGAGACACAUUUGGGAUGCUGCAGUGUCAUCCGUACCCAAAUGAAUAUGUAGACACAUCUAAACAAUGCGUGCACUGUGCUUUCUUUAUGGGCUUGCAGAGAAAGCAAGGUGCGAAAGUCCAGGAAGGUCAACAGUUUGAUAUUCGUGGAACUGUUGAUGAGUUUAGAAAUUCAGUUAACAUGUACAUGUACUGGAAACCCGGUAUGGAAAUUUAUGUUUCCCAUGUGCGGAGGAGGCAGAUUCCUUCUUUUGUGUUUCCGGAAGGAUUUAAGCGACCUCGGCCUUCAAAGCCUACGAACCAACAAAAAUCUGACAGAAUUGAAAAUGAAGUGGACGAAUGUGAUGGUAGGUCUUCAGAAAGACAAUUUAAGAGGAAAAAAAGUCCUGAUGAGGACAUUGGAAGGCAAAGACUUGAGAAGCGUCUAUCGAGCAGCCCAGAUCCAGAGAAGCAUUUUCCGUCUGAGCCUGGGAGUGGAGGAUCUGAUGGAGCAUCUAUAAAAGUGGAGAGAUCACCUAACACUUUGCAGUAUCCUGUUACGAAAGUUGAUGAAGGCUCAAAAUUGACGUCUCCUGAUUCUGGAAAUAAGAUCCCCUCUGAUUCAGACACUGGAUUUUCUUGUGAGAGAGGUUGCACGGAUGAGUUGGUUCAAUCCCGUAUACAAGAAAAGGUUUUGGAGGCAGCACUUGCAGAGAGCAAUCAUGGGGUGGAGAGUGACUUAGCAGGGGAUUUCCAGCCAAAUGCUUCCGCCCUUGGGGUGGUCCUGACAGAUCGAGGUGGAGUUAGUUCAGAACCUGUGCAAAAACCGGUGAUGAGGCUGAGUCUGACAUCAACGGCAUGAGUCUUUUGACAGUUGAGUCACAAAUGAUGGGCAAAGAAGAUCGCAGAUGAAUGACAAGGCACAGCAUCUCGUGGUAAGUUCUACUUGACCUUGAAGUUAUGGUUUAGACGAAAAGGCCAAAUUCGGGGAGAAUGGAGGAAGACUAGCAAAGGGGAUGAUAGAGGCAAACUUGCUCUUAAUGUACAGUGACAUUAAUAUGAAGGUUAUAGGGGUGUGGUUCUGUAUGUUGUGGGGGUGUGGCCUCGUAUGCUCGGGGUUGCUGAGGUGGGUGUUUGUUUAUCAUCUUUGGUGAUAACCUGUCAUUUGCUUUCUCUUAGAACUAGGUCUUAGGUCUAGAAACUAGGUUAGGUUUUAGGGUUUCUCAUUAAUAUUUUCUUCUUUGUUGGCGCUUUCCUCUCAAAUUUGUAUACUUCAACCUUGUAAUACAGUUUCAUGAAAAAUGAGUUUGGUAUGUGCUUGC